CUCCCCGGCCCGGCCGCUAUCCCCGGUGUGUGUGGGUGGCGGGGAGUGGGGAGUUCUCUCAGCGGCACCCGCGUUCCCUUACCUCGCGCACAGCCCGCCGGCCGCCAUCUUCGCUCCCGUCUCACGUGACCCGUUACCCGCCGCACCGGCCUGGCGCCUGCAUCACGUGACGGGGACCCGCUCUUCCCUCGCCUCCGAGGGUCCCCCAUCACGUGACAGACACGGGCCGCAAGAUGGCGCCGUCCAGUGAGCUGAGAUGUGAAGUCAGAUGAAUAUCAGAGGUGGAGAGAGAAAUUAAAUCUGCGCUAGCUGUCAGGAACUAUAAAGGAGAAGUCGUGCAACUAAAUGAAAGAACAGGAGGCUUGUACUAACUGAAACAAAUAUAAAGAGGCAGGACCCAUGAGGCAAAUAGGGACAAGUCCAUGGAGGGCUUUAAAACAAAAAGUGGAUCCUGAAAUGAGCAAAGAGCAUGUGAAGAUGUUUGAGUAUGAGAAUAACAUGGUCUGUUCCAUAUGUGAGCAAGUGGGACCCGCCCUGGCAUUCUGGAGUUUGAAGAGAUCAUAUUUGGAGAAAUCAUAGAGAAGGGAAAGGCAACAGUUGAGGCAAGAGGAGAUAAUGAUAAAAUAGCCCUCAUUACACAUCUACAGGCGUUGCAGUAGGAUGAAAGUGAACUUUUACUAAUGGACCAAGGACUGUAUUGAAAAUUUUGGAAUCUGACAGUUGUAAAGAUUCUGAAACCACAGGAUGCCUCUGACUGGAACCAUGUUAAACAAACCAGUGCUUUUGGAAUCCCUGAUUGUGUUCAUCAUUGUGUUGUGUGUGCACAUGGUAGUUUGGGACCGGUAUUCCUGGUGUGCUAUCGCUCUUGCUGUUCAGGCUUUUUAUGUCCAAUUUAAAUGGGACCGUCUACUCCGACUGGGUGGGGCCGUAUUCCAAUUUCGGACGACAGCUAACAGUGGCCUCCUACCAGCUAGUAUGGUCAUCCCACUCCUGGGGAUUGUGAUGAAGGAGAGAUGCAAAGCUGCUGGCAUUGUGUACUUUGAACGUUUGGGCAUAGUUGUGGCCUCCACGGGCAUGGUGCUAGCCCUCUUCCUAUCUGUAAUAGCAGUUGGCAUCACAAGGCCUGUGCCAACUAACACCUGCAUACUUUCAGGCAUUGCUGGCAGUAUAAUCCUCUAUACCAUGAAGUAUUCUUUAACUGUUUCUGAAGUGAUAGAGAUUCUGGAAGUGCUGCUUAUUUUUGUCUACCUCAGUAUGAUCUUGCUCUAUCUGUUGCCUCGAUGUUUUACUCCUGGGGAAGCAUUACUAGUCCUUGGGGGUAUAAGUUUCAUCCUCAAACAGCUCAUUAAACGCUCACUGAACGUGACAGAGGGCAGAACGGAUCCUGUAGACUUCGUCCUUCUAGUGGCCGUGGCUGGGGUGGUCCUUCUUGGGAUUUUCUUCACUGCUCUCUUCUUCUUCAUGGAUUCAGGAACCUGGACAUCCUCUAUGUUUUUCCACAUGAUGACAGCAGUGCUGGGACUGGGGGUCCUCAUGCCUUGGCUUUACCAUCUGAUCCAAAGGAAUCCCUUGCUCUGGUUGCUCCGGUUUCUGGUUCAGACACAGACAAGAGUUUACCUCCUUGUGUACUGGACCCUGUUGGCUGCCUCUGCGUGCAUGGUGGUUCUUUACCAGAAUUCCAAGAGAUCAUCUGAAUCUAAAAAGCACCAAGCUUCAACCAUCACCAGAAAAUACUUUCACUUCAUUGUGGUGGCUACUUACAUCCCUGGGCUAAUUUAUGACCACCAGCUUCUCUACAUUGCUGCAGUGCUGUGUCUGGUAGUGUUUAUCCUUUUAGAGUACAUACGAUACUUCAGGAUCAAGCCAUUUGGCCAAACACUCAGGCACUUGCUCACUCUCUUUUUGGACGAACGAGAUAGUGGACCUCUGAUCUUGACUCACAUUUACCUACUUGUUGGGAUGUCCCUGCCAGUGUGGUUGUUCCCCAGGCCUUGUGCUCCGAAAGGUACCCUAUCUGGAGCAGGAGCAUUGGUUCCCUACUCCGGGGUACUGGCGGUAGGGGUGGGAGACACAAUAGCCUCAAUUUUUGGCACUACAAUAGGGGAAAUCAAAUGGCCUGGGACAAAGAAGACAUUUGAAGGGACAAUGACUGCCAUCUUUGCUCAGAUCAUUGCUGUGGCUCUUAUUCUGAUCUUUGAUGGCAGAGUGAACCUGAACACCAGCUAUGCCUGGAUUUUGGGGUCCAUCAGCUUAAUUUCCCUUUUGGAAGCCUACACUACCCAAAUAGACAAUCUGCUCUUACCUCUCUACCUCCAGAUACUGCUCAUGGCUUAGAGACAUUGCCAGGAACAGACACUUCCUUUCUAGCUAGGGGUGGUAAUGAGCCAUGCAUCCCUGCUGAGAGCUCAAUAGAGCCAGUUUGGUACGAAAUGCUAUAUUUGGUAUAGCGGGUAGAACAGCUAAUGACAGAAAGGAAAUAGUUCUUCAACUCUUAAUUUACAAUAAAAGUAAAGGCUGCUGUUU